AUGCGCGCAAAGUCCGCUGCAAUGCGGCUUCGCCUGGAAAUGACGGACAGUGUUCUUCCUGUGUGUCGAUUGGGGUUCCAUGUGAACUUCUCCCGGAGCGAAGGCGGUUCGCAAUAUCGCGAGCGUCAGAAAAGUUCCUACAGCAAACCUGCCACACGGGUCGACGGUCUGCUGGGAGAUGCGCAGAGUGCAUCUGUAGAUGGUCUGCAAGCUCCGCUGAAGCCUAAGCCAACCUCUAUCGGCCAAGCUCACCCUGUUGUUGAGGCAGCGACGAGCCUGCCGCGCGCAUCGAUCAGUGGCGACUAUGGCGUUCGAAAUCACGGGCUUCAAGGGGCGGCCUAUAUUCAGGGCGAGGCCCAGCGCGAGCUUGUCGACUUCCCAACAGUCGACUCGUCCUCCUCAGGAGUAAAGUCUUCAGCAGGUGGCGGCGCUUCCAAUGUUUUCGAGAGCAAUGUCUGGAGCGGUCCUCUCGAGGCUGUCAGGCACACGUCUGAGGGUCACUCUGCGCUCUCGUGGGGAUCAACAAGGCCUGAGCACUCUGCUCAACCGACGACAACUUCAACGGUAAAAGCCAGACCACGGAGGUAUUUUGUAUACUCGGGCGACACUCUUUCAUAUUCGUUCCUGCCUCACAUGGCUGGCCAUCGACGUUUCAAAAGAAGCAGCCGCCUUGUCCCAGAGACCGGACAGUCGACCAGUAUGAGUCUCUCCAACGAGCCAUUUCCCGUUGCUACAUGUCCAUCCCAUCGGUGGGAGCCAAAAAUACUCCAGCCCACCACCAGUGGAGACACCGUCUUCGGCCACUUGAACUCGGUGGACACGUUCUACCUUACGAGGCUCAAGAACAUCCUUUAUUUCCCAGAGACCUCUGUAGCGCGCAUCUUUUUCCUCGCGUUCAGAGAGCACGUGCUGCCCACCUGUCCCGUCACAGACAGAUAUGAGUUGAACGAAAUCUACGAGAAUUUCGUAAAUGGGCACAUCACCUGCCCCAUGCUGUUACAUUCGAUUUUCUUUUCAUCGUCGCAAUAUGUCUCCCAGGAUGCGCUGACAAGCGCGGGGUUUGACUCGCUCCACGAGGCAAAGGCAUAUUUCUACGAACGUGCGACCCUGCUCUACGCAUUGAACUGUGAAUACGACCAACUCCGGAUCAUUCAAGCCCUUUUGUUCGUCAGCAUGUGGUGGUCCGACUUCAGCGAGGAAAAGGGCACCAAAUACUGGAUCUCGUGUGCCUCGAACCUGGCACUGGCCAUCGGACUGCACAAGGCUGUGCCCGCGGCGGCCCGUCUAAGUCAACAGGAACGAUCAAUGUGGCGCAGGACCUUCUGGACCGUCUACAGCAGGGACUGCAACGCCUCGGUUGCCAUGGGCCGUCCCCUCACGAUCAACAGCAAGGAGAUUGACGUGGAAGAGCUUAGUGAUGCAGACUUCUAUGAAAGACGGGAGGCAUCUCCCCUCGGCCGUUACCCUGGCUCCGAGACAGAGACUCUGGUUGACUUCACUGAAUACUCGGGCACCCAGGUUUUCUUCGCCGUCAAGACAGCUCGUCAAGCCGCUUUAUUGGAUCGAACGAUCACAGUCGAUUUGGAUUACACUCUCGGCAGUGAAGAUGCCAUCAGAGAACUUUAUGAAUGUCAACGCGAAAUAACCAUCCUGCGAACGGAACUAUCAAGCUACAUCGCUAGCCAGUCCGAUGGGGGAGUGAAAGAUGGAACACCCGUCCCUACGGAGAUGCGGUGGAUCAUGUUUCUGCAACUGAGUACCGAACGAACCCUGUCGGUCGUCUGUCGCUACCUUCGAAGACACAUUGAAAAAAGUCAAGCUUGGGAUGCCAGCUGCUCGCACAAAGUGUCCGAGAUCCGGGCUGAAAUGGUCCGGGCCGCUGCCAGGACGCUGAACUUGUAUGAAGAGCUCCUAAACUCUGAUUGCUUGAGAUAUUCUCCCAAUUUCCUAAAAUUCAGGAACACCCCCAUCUUCGGGGCCAUGGUCACGUACGCCGAAAUCAUCAAAGAAGCACGAGAGAAAGGCCGGGUUGACAGGAUUGCAACAAACAAGUACCAGCUUGGAACCAUGAUAUUGGAGGAGAUGGAGUCGUUCUGGCCUGCCUCGGCGUGGGCAUGCUCCUUGUUCAAGAUCUUGGCCGAAAAGGACUUCUUGCCUCUCCGAAUUCUGCCCCAUGCGUCCCGGUGGCAGAGCCCUGAACCGGGUAGCGAAGAAGUGGGAACCGAAACUGGUACCGGCUUCAACCAAGAUGGUGGUGGUGGUGGUGGUCCCCAGGCUGAAAGAUCAGCGGAAAGAUCAUCCUUUGGCUACGAUCCGUUGCAGGACGCGAACUUCUUCCUGAACUUCAACGCCAAUAGCACCCUCGAGGCUAUGUUCUCUGACGAUCUUUUUGACCCACAGACGUGGUAUGCCUCGAUGCAGGCCCCGCAGUAA